UAAGACUUUUGAGUUCUCUCUUCUCAUUAGUUUUCCUGCCCCCAAUGGUUUUAAAUGUGUAAAAAUUUAGUAGUGAGCUCCGCGUGGUGCUUUGUACCUAAAUAAAUACGAAUGUUAAUAAAAAAAAGAGCAAUACGCAGUGAUUAUGAUACAGUGUCUUUGUUGGAUAGAUAUAUAUUAAAUGAAACGAAAGAGAGAAUAAAGUGAAGCAUUAUGUCUCAUGAGGCUAUUACUUGGAUUACUGUAGACAAUAACGUCACGGAUAGAAUGAUAGACAAUUCUUUCAUACAUAAAGUUAGGUGGUCACAGAUACGAAAGAGAACAAAAAUACUUAAUGCAGAAUUGAAAAGGCAUGGCGUGAAAAAUUACAAGCAAUAUGUACAUUUAAAAACUACUCUCUUGCGAGAUAUGGCGGAAGAUACUGACACCGACAAUAUUGAUCUCAGCGACGUUGACUAUGAUGUCAUACACAGUACUCCAGCAGCACGGACCAAGUAUAUAGCCAAGUAUAAAACUGAAAACUUAAAUAAGUACAUUUUAAAUAGUGAAGAAGAUUUUCAACCUGUUAAAAGGAAAAAAUCUGUUAAACGUAAAAGUAAAUCAUCUCAAACAUCUGAUAAAAGUAAACCAUCGCGAACGGAGUCUAAGGAGCCAUCAAAGUCACAAUCACCUAAGAAGCAUGCUAAUAUAUGCUGGAAAAUUAUAAAGAAUAAUAAAGACACCUCAUACACGUUUCAUACUGCAACACAAGCAAGUGCUUCGAAUGAUGAAGAAAACCUUUUCAAAGAUGAAAAUCAUGAUUACUUGGAAGCUCGCUCUAACAACAGGUCUCUUACGUUAUUUAACAUGAAAUCUAGAGGUGGACGGACAAGGAAGAACGAUGAAAAUUGCAAUGUGGUAGUAGAUGAGUUGUGUUCUCCAAAUGAUGGAAUUUUCAAUAAAAAGAAACCUGUAGUUGAAAAUGGGCCACAGAAUUAUACAGCACAAGAUGCGUCAUUAAAUAAAUCAAAUAUCGAGUCACGGAGGUCACAUAAUAACAUGCAUCUAUCUAAAUCGACUAAUCUGGAAAGUAGUUACAACACGUCUGAUAUUGUUCUUAAAUGGGAAGAUAGUUUUACCAACGAACUAACAGAAAUAAGUAACGAGGAUUUAAUAAAUACGAAAAAUUUCAGUAAUAAACGUAUGACUCGCAAAUCAUCGCAAGUAGAAAGCGUUCGAAAGAAUUUAAUAUCUGUAUUAGAAGAGAUGGACUCCACGAGAAAUGAUAAAGACGGAGUUAAGAAGAAUAAAAGCGUAAAAGAUCAAUCGAAUUGCGAUCAGUCACCUCCAGCUGUUAUAAGCUUUAGUCGAUCUAGUGCUCCAUUAAAAACUUCACAAAUUAAUGUAACCGAUGUACAGGGCUCAUUGUCAAGUGUUUUAUUACCUAAUCAACGGAAGUGCCCUACAAACGAUGAAGAUUUAGAAAGCAGAUUAGUCGAGAACGAACAGUCCAAUUUAAAAAGUCCAACAAGUUUUCUUGCAGAUAUUGCGGAGGAGAUACUUACGUCUCCUCGAACAAACAAGAAAAUUACAGCGCAAAAAGAAGUUAAAGCAGUCAAAUUGGGAAAUUCUAAGCAGGAUAUGAAAGAGAAGCAUACGAGAUGUCAUGAUAGUGGUUUAGAGGAUAGUGGAGAAGAAAAUAGUAAAGAAGCAGGAACGUUUUCUGAUGAAAUGAGGAAUUCUUCCCGAUUAGAUCAAAAUGAUAAAGACGCACGACAGAUGAAGCCAGUAACCCAGGAAGAUAAGACAGAAGAAGAUACAGAUUUUGUAAAAUCAAAAAGUCCGCGCAAUAUCGAAAUUCGACUGUCUUCUGAAGAGAGUUGCAUAAAAGACAGACAUUCGAAGUCUUACGAUGACAUUGUAAAGGGACAGGAGAGUAAAGAAAUGAGGAAGUCCCCUAAAAAAAUAAAUAAUUCUUCUAAAUUAAACAAAGACAAAGAUGCAGAGAGCAAAAGACAUUCCACGAAAUCGGAAGAAUCGUACGAUUCCCAGGAACAGCGAUUGUUAUCUCCUAGAAGGAGUCCCACGAGGAGUAAAUGUACAAAAUCUCAUGAUAACAACAAUUUAGGAAUGCAAAAUGGUAGAAAAGUAAGCGAAUCUUCUUUAGAGGAAGAAGUAAAGGAUCCCCUCCGAUCCAACGAAGUUGAUAAAAAUGCAGAGAUUUAUUCAGUAAAUAAUUCUCAUAAAGACGAGACGGAUUUUGUGAAAUCAGAAGACUCGCCAAAGCAACAAUCGUUACCUAAAAUUACAUGCACCGAGCUCAUCAACAAAAAAUACAAGAUAAUUAACAAAAAUAGUAAUGAUGUCGAUAGUAACAUUAAGAAAACGGACAACGUAGAUAAUAACAUUGAUAUUAUCAGCGCAGACGUUCCUAUAAAGAACGCCACAUUAAUAGCUUGUUCACCUGCUAUCAAUGACGAUGCCGAUAGUUGGCCAAAAAAGAUGGCGAAUACAGGAGAAAUUAAUAAUGACGUAUCAAUGACAUUGGAGACUGACGAGGAGGACAAUACAACUUAUUUGUCACCGCAAAGUAAGAAACGGCUUCAGCAGCAAGCAACGUUAAAUCUAAUCGUUUACAGUGAAUCCAGCGAGAGCGAUGACGAAAACAAUGUUACUAUUGAACGUCCGAAACGGCGCAUUGAUAGCUCUGAUGAAAGCCAUAGUAGUGAAGACGACACACCCAAGAAUGAUGAAACUACCUAUGCUUCUAAGGAAAACGACAUUAAUGGUUCGCGCAGUAAAGACUCUGAUGAAGACACAAGUAGCGAAGAAACUACACCAGUGUCAGAAGAAAUAAACAAAUCAAAUUCGACGGGAAUUAUGCAGGAAAGAAUGAAGAAGAAAACUGUGUCGCCAGCAAAACUUACAUCUGAAGAUAAUUUCCUUAAAUCUAACGGGGAUGAAAAUUCAUUAGAGAAAACACAGAAUUGUGGAAAUGUGUAUAAUGACGAAUCCUCAUUGUUAGACAAAGAGAACAUAUAUAAUAAAAAUAAGCAAAGGGACAGAGUCAGUGAUUGUACUGAUAAAUUUGAGAAUAAAUCUGGAUAUAAGUCGCAGAGCACAUCAAUAUCGACGCGAACUUCGCAUGUGGAGUCUGAUGCUUCCGCCCAUCGUAGACCGCGCAAUUUACAACAGUUAGUUGAGGACGAAAACUUACGUGUGGAAACGGCAUCACCGAGUUUCACGAUUGCGGAUCUUUCUGAGGACGAGGAAGCUUUUAUCUUGAACGUUCCAAGCAAGGUUCUACAAUGCAGUUUGCAAGACCAGUUGUUUAUUUUAAAAAACAAAACUAUAAAAUUUGGUCAAACUAAAUACGUAAUUACGCACACAGAAAUGCAUACCACGUCUUGCAUUUUUGCCACUGGGAAAGCAAGAAAACCUUAUAAAACAGUAAAUAUUAAAAAUGUCGGCGUUGUUACGGCACGAGAAAGAUUGUCAUUUGAGGGUCAUUUGAGAAAGUCAAAUUCAUUAAAUUUUAACAAUACCGACACGUCUUUCGAAUUAAAAUCGCCAAAAAUAAGCAAUGGAAAGAUAAAUGACACAGAAUCGAAGAUAUCGGAAAACUACAGUAAAUACAAACGAAGAAGAGGUUCAGAUUCUAACAGUGAACAGUCUCCAACCAAGAGAAAACGAUUAAAAGUUUAUUCUUAGAAAUUACUGCUAUAAAAAGAGAAAAAGAGAAGAAAAUGUAUAAAACAGAUUAUAUUAUUUGAUGUAUCGAUAGUUAUGCACGGUACGACCUGUAAUAAAGAUUCUAAUUUUUGAUAAUA